CAUAGUACCAUGCAGCGGUCGUAUAUUCCCAAUCCGAUUCGCCGCCGCGAUAAGAUUAGAUUAGGGGCCACCCACCACCAGAUGGGGGAGCAAUGGAUAGGCAAAUUAGAUGGGCCAAAUGGGCGAUCAAACAGCGCAUAGCCGUCAUACCAAAAUGCGACGUCCGCUCUCGCCGACAUUGGCCAAGUUGGCCGAGCAGGAGGUGAACGAGACGCCCGACAGGAUUCAGCAGGACAUCAUCAUCCUGCGCGUGUGGAUACGCCAGCAGCCGCAUCUGCGUGCUCGCACGGAUGUGGACUUCCUGAUCGCGUUCCUGAGGCGAUGCCGUUACAGCUUGGAGGAGACCAAGCGGAGGAUUGAUCGUUACUUCACCCACUACAACCUAUUUCCGGAGAUCAUGAAUAACCGGUGUGUGACACAAAGACUGCUGGACAUCAAUCGCAUGGGAAUUUGCCUCUAUCCGGAUAUGCCGAAGGGCGAUAGUCGCACCGCCAUGUUCAUAGCCCGUUUUGGCCACUUCGAUCCCAAUCUGUACAUGCUGCGCGAGAUCUAUCACUUCUCCUCGAUGGCCAUGGAGGUGAUUGCGCUGGAGAAUGACUAUGCCUCGCUGGCGGGCAUCUGCGAGAUCAUCGAUCUCGAGGGCGUCAACUCGGAUAAGAUGCGCCGUUUUGAUAGGGUUCUAUUUCGCAAAUGGUGGAACUGGCUCUACAAUUGCAGUCCCCUGAAAGUGAAGGAGAUGUACAUCAUAAACAUGCCCAAGGAUAUUCAGGGUACCGUCAUGUUUCUGUACAACGUCCUGAGCAUGCAAGUCAACUAUCCGAUACGCGUUCUGAAGAACAGCGAGGAGCUGAUCGAGCACAUUGGCAAGGAGUCGCUGCCGGAGGAGUAUGGCGGCACCAAUGGCCACAUGGGUGAAUGUGUCGCCUACAUGGAGGACCUGUUGAACAGCUAUCGUGGUUACUUCGAGCAGGACUGCAACUACGGCACCAUUGAGGAGCUGCGACACGGCGAAAUAGCCACCUAUGAAGCGGAAUUUGGAGCCAGUGGCUCCUUCCGUCGCCUCAACUGGGAUUGAUGAUACUAGUCCCGGAAGCGGGAAACCUAGCAAACGCCCUCAAUCUCGCGUUUAUCCAUACCAAACAUUCCACACGCUG